AGGCCCCUGAGGCCCUGACCCUUGUAGCCGGAUAUUGCCAGUUUGCCACCAACGAAGAACAAGCAGAGAAGUCGAAGGCUUGAAGCCAUUAAAGAGGUGGAAAAGCAGGCACUGUGAAAAGUGAGAGUAAAUGGUGAGAACAAGCAGAGCCCUCCUCAAGAAUGCUGGUGCCGGCAUCAAUAAGACUCUCAUGGAAAUUCUUGUCUGCCCACUCUCCAAGCAACCCUUGAGGGUGAACGAGGAUUCGGGUUCUCUUGUCUGUGACGAUUUGGGCGUUUCCUAUCCUAUCGUUGAUGGGAUCCCUUGCCUGGUACCCAAGGAUGGUAAAUUGCUUGAGACUGAUUGCACGAAAGGUAAUGGUGCUGCAGAUUCAUCUACCUUGAACAAUGAGAAUCAAGGAAGCAACUCAAGCUGAACCACUGAUGUGUAAUUAUAAAACAGGAGACAAUGUCCUUCAGAGAGUUUUUUUUUUUUUUUCGCUGUUAUAACUUAUAAGUUCAGUGCCUGAACUCUUGAUGUAUGGGAGGCUAUUUUUCUUUCGUUCACAGUGAAGCUUUGGACCAAUAGAAUACCUCUUUCAGCUUUUUCUUAUAGAAGAAUGAGAAACCCCAAUGGAACUUUAUACUGGUACCUGUUAUCUUCUCUUAAGUAAUGGGAUAUCCAGAUAUCUGGGAUAUCUGGAUACCAUGACUACCAAGGACUAUUUGAUUAUGUUUCUUGUAUAUCCAUUCUGUUUUUAGUAUAAGAUUGAAUCUCCUUGUGUACUA